AUGUCCGCGUGCGCGCCGCGCGCUUGCUGUCGGCCGCGCGCCCCGCCGACCCUGCUCGACAUCACCGCGAAGAUUGUCGCGGCAGCGAUCCCCUUCCAACGCAUCGAGGAACGCUAUGAACGCAUCCCAGAGCCCGUGCAACGGCGCGUCGUGUACUGGUCGUUCCCGCGGGACGAGCGCGACAUAUGCAUGUACUCGUCUCUGGCGCGGGCGCCGCCCGACGACCACCGGAACAUCGCCUUCUGCCGCGGCCUCAAGCUCCUCGAGGCCGGUUGCGUGGAGAACGUGCUACAAGUCGGUUUUCACUUGAGCGGAGUUGUGCGCGCCCCCGCCGCGGUGCCGCCCUGCUCGGAGCCUGAAAGACUCUUUCGGGUUACAGUUUCUUUUGACAGAUGCAAGAUAACGGGCGUGACAUGCAGCUGCGAGGCGCGCGACAUCUUCUGGUGCCAGCACGUGGUGGCGCUGGCACUGUACCGCAUCAGGAACGCCGAUUCAGUCCGUCUACGUGUGCCUAUAUCAGAAACUCUGCUUCAAAUGGACAGGCAGCAGUUGCAGAAAUUCGUCCAAUACUUAAUCGCGGAGCACCAUACCGAGGUGCUGCCUACAGCGCAGCGUCUAGCCGACGAGGUGCUUCAGGCGAGGUCCGCGAUCAACAGGAUAUGCGGCGCCCCUGACCCUACCGCUGGACCACCGCCUGACGCACAUCAUGCGUGGCAUCUCGACGAGCAGCAGGUGUGCGAGCAAGUACGAGCGUAUUUACUACAGGGAACGUAUUACAAUGCAAAUAAACAACUCAACUCCUUGUUUUCUAAGGUCAGAGAAAUGCUGCGAGCACAAGACUCCAAUGGACCAAGGAUGCUUAUGCUCAUGACUGAACAGUUUCUGUCCGACCCACGUCUCUUACUCUGGAGGAACCAAAACACGCCGAUGACGGAGAAGUGUAGGCAGCUUUGGGAACAAUUAGGCGCUCUGUGGGUCAGCAUAGUGCUAGACCCAGGUAGCAACAAGCAUCACAGGAUGCAAUGGAGGCAGCUGCUCGAGAAAUGGUCCGCAGUGGAGGUGUGUCCCACUGAGGAUCCGGAUUACCGUUCCUUUCCUUUGUACGCAAGAGAAAGGGAGAGAAACGAGAGGGAUCGCGACAGAGACCACAGGGACAGGGACAGAGAACGGCAUCGCGAUCGUGAAGAGCGGGACAGAGAGAGACUGCGUGAACGGGAGGAGAGGGACAGAGAAAGACAUAGAGAAAGACAAAGGAGAGAAAUGCAUUCCCAUUCUGAGAGUUCAGAUGAAGAGUCUAGACCAAACAAUUAUGAAAGAGAAUACAGAAGAGCCAGCAAAAGACUCCGACUACAUAACCAAAGGCCUCCGCCUCAAACCACUCCCCGGACAGUAUUUCACAAGGCCUUAGAUGCAGUGGACAUAUCUUGGGAAAACGAACAUUUAAAAAGCAUUCUCAGCAGUGAUGAGUAUUGUGACUUUGAGAAGCCAGACAAAGCGGGCAGUUCAGGAACUAACACACUACAGUCUUAUCCCAAGUUCAACGAAUUAGGACAACCUUUGUGGCACGAGCACCUGCCGGUGGUGGGGGCGCGCAUCGAGGCGCUGCGAGCGCACGGGCGCGCGCCCGCCGCGCUGCGCCUCGCCGUCAGCGCCGCGCGCGCCCUGCGCCACCGACAGGAAGUAGCGCAGCAGCGGUGGCAGAGCGCGAGCGCGGGCGCGGGGACGAGCGAAGCGUCGUCGUCGAGCGGCAGCUGCGGCGCCAGCGAGGCGUGCGCCGGGCUGUGCGAGCGCGUCAAGCUGUCGCUGCUGUGCGCGCACAUGGACGCCGGCGCCUGCCUGCCCAGCGGCGCCACCUGCGCGCUCUCGCACACGCAGCGCUGCAUUGGACGAGACAGCCGCGGCUGGACGGGCUGGGCGCUGGAAGCGGUGUGGUGUGUGCACGAGUGCCUGGCCGACGCCUGCCUGGCGCCCGACGACCAGCGCGCCUCCCCGCGCCUGCACACCUACCUCGACGAGGAGCCCGCCACCGGCCUGCCGCCCAGAUACCAACAUGUGCCUGUGGCAGGUAGUAAGAACCCUGAAGAAACAUACCUGGCUUUAGCUCUAGAAGCUGCGUUGUUGGGUUUAGGCAUGCAACGAAUGCUUCCUAAUGGACUGUACGCACAGGAACGAUAUUGCAAACAGGAGGAGCGGCUCAUCGCCGCACUGCAGCGCGUGGAGGGCGAGGCGGUGGCGGGCGUGUGCGCGCGCGCGGCGACCGCGCUGCUGGCGGGCGGGCCGGCCUCGUGCCUGGGCGCGCGCGUGCACCCGCGCUCGGCGCCCGCGCACACCUUCGCGCGCUACCUCUUCCUCGCGCUGCUGCCCAACGACCCCGACCUCGCCUACCGCGUGGGCCUGCGCGCCAUGAGGUACGUUGUGGUGCAGGAGGAGCGUCUCGUCGGCGCGCUGCUGGCGGGCGGGCCGGCCUCGUGCCUGGGCGCGCGCGUGCACCCGCGCUCGGCGCCCGCGCACACCUUCGCGCGCUACCUCUUCCUCGCGCUGCUGCCCAACGACCCCGACCUCGCCUACCGCGUGGGCCUGCGCGCCAUGAGGUACGUUGUGGUGCAGGAGGAGCGUCUCGUCGGCGCGCUGCUGGCGGGCGGGCCGGCCUCGUGCCUGGGCGCGCGCGUGCACCCGCGCUCGGCGCCCGCGCACACCUUCGCGCGCUACCUCUUCCUCGCGCUGCUGCCCAACGACCCCGACCUCGCCUACCGCGUGGGCCUGCGCGCCAUGAGGUACGUUGUGGUGCAGGAGGAGCGUCUCGUCGGCGCGCUGCUGGCGGGCGGGCCGGCCUCGUGCCUGGGCGCGCGCGUGCACCCGCGCUCGGCGCCCGCGCACACCUUCGCGCGCUACCUCUUCCUCGCGCUGCUGCCCAACGACCCCGACCUCGCCUACCGCGUGGGCCUGCGCGCCAUGAGGUACGUUGUGGUGCAGGAGGAGCGUCUCGUCGGCGCGCUGCUGGCGGGCGGGCCGGCCUCGUGCCUGGGCGCGCGCGUGCACCCGCGCUCGGCGCCCGCGCACACCUUCGCGCGCUACCUCUUCCUCGCGCUGCUGCCCAACGACCCCGACCUCGCCUACCGCGUGGGCCUGCGCGCCAUGAGGUACGUUGUGGUGCAGGAGGAGCGUCUCGUCGGCGCGCUGCUGGCGGGCGGGCCGGCCUCGUGCCUGGGCGCGCGCGUGCACCCGCGCUCGGCGCCCGCGCACACCUUCGCGCGCUACCUCUUCCUCGCGCUGCUGCCCAACGACCCCGACCUCGCCUACCGCGUGGGCCUGCGCGCCAUGAGGUACGUUGUGGUGCAGGAGGAGCGUCUCGUCGGCGCGCUGCUGGCGGGCGGGCCGGCCUCGUGCCUGGGCGCGCGCGUGCACCCGCGCUCGGCGCCCGCGCACACCUUCGCGCGCUACCUCUUCCUCGCGCUGCUGCCCAACGACCCCGACCUCGCCUACCGCGUGGGCCUGCGCGCCAUGAGGUACGUUGUGGUGCAGGAGGAGCGUCUCGUCGGCGCGCUGCUGGCGGGCGGGCCGGCCUCGUGCCUGGGCGCGCGCGUGCACCCGCGCUCGGCGCCCGCGCUCACCUUCGCGCGCUACCUCUUCCUCGCGCUGCUGCCCAACGACCCCGACCUCGCCUACCGCGUGGGCCUGCGCGCCAUGAGGUACGUUGUGGUGCAGGAGGAGCGUCUCGUCGGCGCGCUGCUGGCGGGCGGGCCGGCCUCGUGCCUGGGCGCGCGCGUGCACCCGCGCUCGGCGCCCGCGCACACCUUCGCGCGCUACCUCUUCCUCGCGCUGCUGCCCAACGACCCCGACCUCGCCUACCGCGUGGGCCUGCGCGCCAUGAGGUACGUUGUGGUGCAGGAGGAGCGUCUCGUCGGCGCGCUGCUGGCGGGCGGGCCGGCCUCGUGCCUGGGCGCGCGCGUGCACCCGCGCUCGGCGCCCGCGCACACCUUCGCGCGCUACCUCUUCCUCGCGCUGCUGCCCAACGACCCCGACCUCGCCUACCGCGUGGGCCUGCGCGCCAUGAGGUACGUUGUGGUGCAGGAGGAGCGUCUCGUCGGCGCGCUGCUGGCGGGCGGGCCGGCCUCGUGCCUGGGCGCGCGCGUGCACCCGCGCUCGGCGCCCGCGCACACCUUCGCGCGCUACCUCUUCCUCGCGCUGCUGCCCAACGACCCCGACCUCGCCUACCGCGUGGGCCUGCGCGCCAUGAGGUACGUUGUGGUGCAGGAGGAGCGUCUCGUCGGCGCGCUGCUGGCGGGCGGGCCGGCCUCGUGCCUGGGCGCGCGCGUGCACCCGCGCUCGGCGCCCGCGCACACCUUCGCGCGCUACCUCUUCCUCGCGCUGCUGCCCAACGACCCCGACCUCGCCUACCGCGUGGGCCUGCGCGCCAUGAGGUACGUUGUGGUGCAGGAGGAGCGUCUCGUCGGCGCGCUGCUGGCGGGCGGGCCGGCCUCGUGCCUGGGCGCGCGCGUGCACCCGCGCUCGGCGCCCGCGCACACCUUCGCGCGCUACCUCUUCCUCGCGCUGCUGCCCAACGACCCCGACCUCGCCUACCGCGUGGGCCUGCGCGCCAUGAGGUACGUUGUGGUGCAGGAGGAGCGUCUCGUCGGCGCGCUGCUGGCGGGCGGGCCGGCCUCGUGCCUGGGCGCGCGCGUGCACCCGCGCUCGGCGCCCGCGCACACCUUCGCGCGCUACCUCUUCCUCGCGCUGCUGCCCAACGACCCCGACCUCGCCUACCGCGUGGGCCUGCGCGCCAUGAGGUACGUUGUGGUGCAGGAGGAGCGUCUCGUCGGCGCGCUGCUGGCGGGCGGGCCGGCCUCGUGCCUGGGCGCGCGCGUGCACCCGCGCUCGGCGCCCGCGCACACCUUCGCGCGCUACCUCUUCCUCGCGCUGCUGCCCAACGACCCCGACCUCGCCUACCGCGUGGGCCUGCGCGCCAUGAGGUACGUUGUGGUGCAGGAGGAGCGUCUCGUCGGCGCGCUGCUGGCGGGCGGGCCGGCCUCGUGCCUGGGCGCGCGCGUGCACCCGCGCUCGGCGCCCGCGCACACCUUCGCGCGCUACCUCUUCCUCGCGCUGCUGCCCAACGACCCCGACCUCGCCUACCGCGUGGGCCUGCGCGCCAUGAGGUACGUUGUGGUGCAGGAGGAGCGUCUCGUCGGCGCGCUGCUGGCGGGCGGGCCGGCCUCGUGCCUGGGCGCGCGCGUGCACCCGCGCUCGGCGCCCGCGCACACCUUCGCGCGCUACCUCUUCCUCGCGCUGCUGCCCAACGACCCCGACCUCGCCUACCGCGUGGGCCUGCGCGCCAUGAGGUUGCCGAUGGUGGAGGAGGCGUACGCGCUGGACGCGGGCGGCGCGGGCUGCGGCGCGGCGUGCGGCGCGGGCGCCUGGCACACGCUGCAGCACGCCGAGCAGCAGCAGGCCGCGCUCGCCAGCGCCUUGCUCGGCGCAGCACGGGGCACGCCGGCGCGGCUGCGCGCUGCGCUGGCGGCGGCGCAGCGGCACGUGCGCUCGGCCGCGCAGCUGUUCCGCCUGGCGCAGGACGCGCUGCGCCACGCCGCGCCGCCCGACGCGCCGCACCACCACCGCGACCUGCUCGCCGCCGCCUUCGAGCUGGGCCUGCAGGUAUUGCGCAUGACACUAUCCUCUGUGAAUUGGCGGCGGCGUGAAAUGGUCCGCUGGCUAGUCACGUGUGCUACAGAGCUGGGCCUCGACGCCCUGCUCUCUAUCAUGCAGAACUGGUACGAGUUGUUCACGCCGACGGAGGCGACGGGGCCGGUGGCGGCGGCCGCCAUGUCGCACGCCACGGCGCUGCGCCUCGGCCUCAGCUUCGAGCAGCAGGAGAAGCUCAGUGCGUGUGCGCGCACGCUGGCGCUGCAGUGCGCCGCUAAGGACCCGCCGGGGUGCGCGCUGAGCGCGCUGUCGGUGUGCGAGGGCUCGGCGGGCGCGUUCGAGGCGGCGUGCGCAGCCGUGGGCGGCGCGGCGGCCCGCGGCGCGCUCGCCUCCAGCCAGCUGUUCGCCGUGGCGCGCUACAUGGAGCAGCGCGGCCAGCCCGCGCGCGCCAUGCGCCUCGCCACGCUCGCUAUGCGCAACCUGCACCUGCACUACAACCAGGACAGCCACCCGGCGAUAGCAGACAUCCACUGGGCCGUGGCGCUAGCGCAUUCGCUCGGCCGGGCAGAAUUACAAGCGAUGCUGCCAUUACUUGUUAAAAAUGUUCAAUGUGCACCUGUCUUGUCGGACGUGCUGCGGCGGUGCUGCGUGGCGGCGGCGGGGUGCUCGCGCGCGCGGCCGGCGCCGCCGCGGCCGCCCACGCCGCUGCGGCCGCUGCUGGAGGCCGCGCUGCGCGCCUACGCCUCCACCACGCACGCGCGCCUCGCGCACAUCUCGCCGCGCCACUACGCAGACUUCGUCGACUUCCUCGGUAAAGCCCGUGACACAUUCGCGCUGGCUCACGACGGGCCGCAUCAAUUCGCAGCGCUACUCCAAGAGAUCAAACUUAAAUAUAAAGGCAAAAAGAAACUAAUGUUCCUCGUUAAAGAGAGAUUUGGUUAA